CUCCUGUCCAGCUAGACACCAUUGCAAGACUUUAGAACACUACCUACAGAGAUAGGGUAUAUAAGGAAUACCUUGUGCUGCAGAGGAAUACAAGACACCAUUGUAUACUGACAAGCACUUGGAAAGGACAUAAUUUCAGAGGUAACGAGGAAAAGGUUUCUUCACCAACAAGAUGGGACUUCUCACCUUCUUGAGGCGCUUUGGAGUCUCCUGUUUGGUCUUGGUACUUGUUAUUGUACUUGUAUGCCCUGAUCUUUCAAGUGGGAACAAACUCCGAUUGAUGCUCCAGAAAAGAGAAGCCAAGGAACCUGCCAAAACCAUUGUGGCUGUAGAAGGAAACAAAGCAAAUGAAUUUUUAAAUACACUAAAGCGACCAAAGCGCCAGCUCUGGGACCGGAGUCGGCCUGAAGUGCAGCAGUGGUACCAACAAUUCCUCUACAUGGGCUUUGAUGAAACUAAAUAUGAAGAUGAUAUGUCUUACUGGAUGAAUCAAGGUCGUGCUGGUAAUGAGUACUAUGGAGGUUUCCACCAGCACCACUAUGACGAAGAUGCACCUAUUGGACCUCGUAAUCCGUAUACUUUCCGACAUGGAGCCGGAGUGAACUAUGACGACUAUUAGCUUCAGGAACUUACCAAAAAUGAAAAGUAUUAACCAUAUCAUGUCUAAGAAGGUGCAUUCUAGUAGACAUUGGCUGGGUGUUUAAAAACAACCAUAAAACAUUUUUUUUAAAGCCAUGAUCCACUAUCUAAUUUGUGUAUUGAGGUCAUUAUAGUAGAUUUGUUACAUAAGCUAUUUGUCAGUGGUCACAUUUAGCAGCGCUAGAUACUGGCUACACAAUUAGAACCUAGGAAGAAGAACUAAUUUUUUUGGGCACAGGCAACUAUGCUUUCCAGAUGUGAUGUAUUCUCUUAUGGUAAUAAUAAAGGAUCUGUAAAAAAAAUUCUUUAUACAAGCAGAGAGCAUUAUAUAUAAACACAGUUGAUGUAACACCAUAUAAAUGAUUAACAUGCUUUUACUAUUCUGGGACAGUCUUCUUAAGAAAGUCAAUCUUACCCUCAGAUGCAGAGAACCUGUGAACACCAGUUAUGUGUUUAUAAGACCCAACUAUGUUUUACCUCCACCAACACUAUAGUCGUGGGAUCUUUCUCUAAAGGAGUGGCCUGUUCUGCAAGCAAAUAGGAACGGUUAGGUCAGGGAAGUACAUUUGCCAAACGUUGGCUUGCAAGGUCUCAAAAAAAAAUAAAAAAAAAAUAUGUACAUCCUAUAAGAAACUGAAACCUGAGAGUUCUAACCCUGUAAAGUCAUAAUUUAAUAAAUGUUUUCCUGUUACAGAACCUUUUCUCAUUCAUUAAAAAGUGAGAUAAGGUAAUUAAUGUGAAGCCAAAAUGUAUCCGAAACUUCGCCCCAAGGCUGUACCACCUUUCAGUCCAAAGGUAUUUGCCUUUACAUAAAUGCCUGCAGACAUGAAAAAUCACUGUCUGCCAUGAUAUAAAGAUGGCUGCUAUUCCCAAGAGGAAGGAAGUAACAUGACAAUAUUUGUGUUUUUGAACUAUUGGUAUACAUUAUAUGGGUAAUAAUGGACCAUUAUAAAAAUGGUCCAUCAGCCGUAAAAUUCAAAAGUGGACCACUUGAGAUGGAUUUACUCUAUAAAGGGAUUUCUUGGAAAAAAUCAAAAACAAAGAAACAAAA